GCGUUGAGGGUUACAAAAUUUUUUGCCACAAAGAGCAAAAGCGAGACUUGGUAACCAAAUUCGGACUACAGUUGAUUAAUGCUCCCAACAGAUUUGUUAAAACAUUUAAACGUUUUUAAUAAUUUUUGAAAAAAAUUAACAAAUUUUUUGCAUUGUAAAGUGCAGUAUAAUUUGAAACGUGCAGCAAGAAUGUCGCGUAAAAUUUCGAUCGCGUUCAACGGUAUUUUAGUCGCCUUCUUGUUGGUGACUGUGAGUGAACUGCCCAAUGCGGAAGCACAAAUCCCAAUACAGGAAACUCUGACCAACAUUAGAAAUAGUUUGGAAUAUUUUUUUUCGCAACCAAAUCGUGAUCUAAAUGGCGCCUUAAGUUUACUUAAUCCUAAUGAAUUGACAGAGAUUCCAGCAAUCAGAGUCACACAGCCAACCACGGAAGCGUCGACAAUUACCGUCGGUACGGUAACUUCUCAAACAGAUGCAAAUGUGAAUUCCGUAGUACCACAAAUUACUAGCUUUGCAGCUGCUGCUGGUAGAAUGGAGUUACCAGCGCCAAUACAUUUUAUCAGAAUGACCAUGAAUAGUGGCUUGAGACGAUAAAUUAUAUAUAUAUAAUUCAUGUUUUGAGAUUAGUAGAAU